AUGGCCUUCAAGCCUGAGCCAAACCAAACGCCUGCUCUGAUUCAGAGCAUGUUUGAUGUGUUGCCUGGCGACAUCACAGUUGAAGGCAACGGGUGGGGUUACAUGUUCAUAAGGAAGAAUUGUUCUUGCGCUGCAGGUAUCAAGAAAUACGUGUCAAACACCACUUUCACUGUGAAAUCUAAUGAGGGGUUGGUGUAUGACGUGGUGAUGGAUGCCUAUGAUGGCCUUGCUUUCCUUCCCAACACCACCAGGAGGGCCAGGAAUGGUGCUGUUGUGUCUCUGAGGUUGUUUUGUGGCUGCUCCAGUGGGUUGUGGAACUAUAUGGUCAGCUACGUGAUGAGAGAUGGGGAUAGUGUCGAAUCCUUGGCAAGCAGGUUUGGGGUUAGCAUGGAUAGCAUUGAGAGUGUGAAUGGCAUUGGUAAUCCGGAUAAUGUCACUGAUGUCAGAGUUGGGGCUGUUGAGGGGGCUUAUGUAGUUGGGAUUUGGGACAAGCGAUGGGAUAUGACAGUGGUUUUUGAGAAUUUUCCUGGUGAUCCUUAUCCACUGAUUAAUGCUGCUCCACCAGUUCCUGUUCCUUCGCCAUCCUUUGAUAAUUUUUCAGCUGAUGGAGUCAACCAUAAGGCUCAUGUACCCUACGGAUGGAUCAUUGGGGGCCUAGGAGUUGGUCUUCUUCUAAUAAUAUCAACUGUAAUUCUCUGUGUUUGUCUGAGAUCAUCAAAUUGUUUUGUUGAUGAUGCCAGAACUCACGAGAAAGAUGCUGAGCGCAAGAUUUCACAUAAAUUCCAUAUUCUAAGGAACCCAAGUUUUUUCUGUGGUUCUGGAAGGUACAUAUGUGGCAAGCAUGUUGAACAGCAGAAGCAAACAGAUGCUGAAUCCACUCUUGGGCCUGACGUAUUUGAAAUGGAUAAGCCUGUUGUUUUUACAUAUGAAGAGAUUUUCUCCACAUCUGAUGGUUUCUCUGAUUCAAAUCUACUUGGGCAUGGAACUUAUGGAUCUGUUUAUUAUAGCCUCCUUCGUGAUCAGGUUUUUGGCCAUAUACUUGAAGAGUUGAAGUUGGAAGUUGCUAUUAAAAGAAUGACUGCUACUAAAACAAAAGAAUUUAUGUCAGAGAUGAAAGUUUUGUGUAAGGUUCAUCAUGCUAAUCUGGUAGAAUUAAUUGGCUAUGCAGCUAGUCACGAGGAGCUUUUCCUAGUUUAUGAAUAUGCUCAGAAGGGUUCACUUAGAAGCCAUUUGCAUGAUCCUCAAAGUAAGGGUUCAUUUGAUUUGGUAUACAUAUGUGGAAGGGGUCAUUCUCCACUUUCUUGGAUCAUGAGGGUGCAGAUUGCGCUUGAUGCUGCUCGGGGUCUUGAAUACAUACACGAGCACACAAAAACUCAUUAUGUACACCGUGAUAUCAAGACCAGUAACAUAUUACUUGAUGCUUCCUUUAGAGCAAAGAUUUCAGAUUUUGGGUUAGCAAAACUUGUUGGGAAAGCAAAUGAGGGAGAAAUUUCAACUACCAAAGUUGUUGGUACAUACGGAUAUCUUGCCCCAGAAUAUUUAAGUGAGGGUCUUGCGACAACUAAAAGCGAUGUCUAUGCAUUUGGUGUUGUCCUUUUUGAGAUUAUAUCAGGAAAGGAGGCCAUCAUUCGAUCAGAAGGCACGACGACAAAAAAUUCUGAAAGACGUUCACUGGCAUCUAUAAUGCUGGGAGUUCUUCGGAAUUCACCUGAUUCCAUGAGCAUGUCAAGCUUGAGAGAUUAUAUUGAUCCAAAUAUGAUGGAUUUGUAUCCCCAUGAUUGUGUAUUCAAGAUGGCCACGCUGGCAAAGCAAUGUGUGGAUGAGGACCCCAUCUUACGACCUGAUAUGAGACAAGUUGUGAUUUCCCUCUCACAGAUUCUCCUUUCUUCUGUUGAGUGGGAAGCAACUCUAGCUGGGAAUAGCCAGGUUUUCAGUGGCCUUGUUCAGGGAAGAUAG